AUUUUUCGUAGGUGAAGGACGAAAGAAAUUCCAGAAAUUUUCGUACAAAAACAAAGUUUCAAGAAGUUGUGUGAUUUGUAAGUAUGUACUCGUAAAAGUAAAGUUAUAGAUUUUACAAAAAAUGUUACGCAUACAUAAGCUUGCAUGUGGAUAUUUUUAACCUUGAUUCGGAGAAAUAAUGUAACUCGUCAAAAAAUCGCAUGAAAUUCAUCAUAAUCACAUGCUGUACUGUGAAUAGUGUGGAUGAAUGCACUUUCAUUCAUCCACACAUUCAUUAUGACUAGUUUCACUGUGCUUGCAAUGCGGCCACGCUUUGAAUUGAUGAACGCUUGGCUAAUAACUUAAAAUCAUCAGAAGUUUAAAGAAAUUGAUCUAAUUAGAUUAAUUGCAAUGACCAAUGAUAGUAUUGAGAGCCCUGUCAUGACGUACUUUAAGACUUUGACUUACUUAACUUAAGAUACCAAUUACUUAGCCUCAGUGUUUCUUUCGGGGGGGGGGGGGGGGCCUUUUGGUUUUUGGGGGGGGGGNGCAAGUUGCCAGUGGCCAGAGGCAAAGCUAAGGAGGGGGCAGAUGAGACAUAGUUCCCGGGGCGCUAGACUAGCGGGGGUUGGCAAAAAGGGCAUAGAUUGUUGUAAUUGGUUGAAAAUAACGGGUUUCAGAGUUGGAGGGGGCAUAAAAAGGAAUCUUGUCCCCUGACGCCAAACACUGUAGAUACGCCCCUGUUAGUGUCAUCAAAAUAGGGCUGAUGGAGUGGUCUACCCGUGUGUCACUUUUUCUUUAUGUGCUGGUGUGGCAUUUUUGGAUAACAGUAGCGUUUGUAUCGUGAAAGGGAGAACGGAAAAAAUAUUUGGCCGCUCAUGGCAGCACUAACAGUAGCUACGCCACUAGGCAGUGAUACAAAAAUCAAACAUAGGGCUGUAAUCGAGGGUGCCGAUGAAUCUUGAUCAGUAGAGGGGUUUGGGAAGCCUGCUUCCCAGAAAAUUUUUGAUUUUUUCAAAAUCAAGAGGUGUAUUUUUUAGUAUACUUGAAUUUGAUGUUUCUAUUAUACCUUUUGAACAGGGAAGAACAAUUUAAAGUUUUGUAGGAGGCAUUAUUUAGCCCAGUACCAAAUAUAAACUGAAGUCACUCCAUUUGUGGCAUGCCCUGGGUAAUCAUUAGGGAUCAACCCCAUAGUGACCAUUGAUCAGUGUGAGGAAAGGGGUGCUUAAUUUAGCGUUCUAAAGACAUUUGUACAAACUCAAAAUGCAGGGUCGAAUUUUUGCGCAUACUUGAAUUUGUUGUUUCUUUCAGACAAUUUUGAUGUGGAAUUCAAACUUUCGGAUGAGAAGCGCCAAGAUUAGCCAUAAUAAUGACCAAAGACAUCUUAAAUUCCGCACCAGCGGGACGUAAACUAAAUUCUCUAUAGUUGUGUCACCCUUGAGGGUACGCUUUUUCCCUAGAUUAUUUUCGCCCCUUAAAUCUUUUUAGUCCCCUAAAAAUAAAAAAAAAAGAAGAAUACAUUUUAUCACAUAUCUGAAUUUAUUUUCGCAACAGUCUACACUUAACUGGAGAGAAACGGAAGAUAUCCUAUGUAGGUGUCACUUAACCUUUUAGCCAUCGUGUUCGCCCAGCAACCCCUUCAACUGCAGGUGCCUUUGAUAUUUUAGGGGCUUAAAGAUAUCAUGUGGAUAUUGUAUUACUUGUCAUGUGUCCAUGCAGGGUUGGCAAAAUGAAAAUUGCUUGUGUUAUGCAAAAAAAUAAUAAUUUGAAAAAUAAUUAUAUAACUAAAAAUAGUUAUAUGGCUUAAAUUUUUUAUUUAUAUUAUUUUUAGGGAUAGCUACUUAAUUAAUAAAUGAAUUUAAAAAAAAAAAAAUUCAAUUAAAAGGGUUAAAUCACUAAAGAGCACUGCAAAAAUUAUUUUAUUUACUGAACGCAAAUGGAAAAAACAAACUUACUUAUAAUUAUAAUGUUUAGACUAUCUUUUUUAAAUAUAUCCUAUUUUACCAGAGUCAAAAAGAAAAAAAAACAGGUUUAUUUGAAAGGUCUAUACAUUUUUAUGGGUCUUGAAAACUGGUCAUUUUUAUAAAUUGUAAAUGAACGACCUAACUAUUUUAAGAGGACAUGAGUUGUUUACAAAAGACAUUUAUUUAUGUGUAAUUUUUUCUUGGUUAAAUAGUAUUCAAAUAAAGUAUACAUUUCCCAAUAUUCAGUAGAUUGAAAUUUUUAUUUGGAAUUUCAAACUACUAUAACUUUCUUAAAUUGCCUCUUAAAAUUUUAAAAAUAAAAUCCACAGAAUCUAUUUUAAAUUGACGAAUUAGGAAUAAGAAUUUUUUUGAAAUGCUAGUUCUCAAAAACAUUUUUCUCAGCUUUCUAGAAGAUUCUCAUCUAAAAUAAAAUUAAUAAUAUAAAAAAUGAGUGUAACGCCAAGGGAUGGGGCAGUUUGUUUAUUAUUCUGACAUUAAAAAGAGAAAAGCAGUUGGGAAGUUAAUAAUAAUAAAUAGAGGCUAGUAUUUUAAAAAAAAACUGCUAUUCAGGAAAUUUUGUAACGUUAGUAGCACAUUUAAAGAAAACAAAAACACUUUUGAUUUAAUAAUAAUUUAUGAAACGUGCGCUAUUUGUAUGCGUCCUUUGAAUUCUAAAUUAGAAAAAAAAUGCAUGAUGCCAUCAUACAAUUUAUGAUUAACACCUAUACUUAUUUUUUAGUCAUGCUUUUACGAUGAACUAUAAUUUGAAAACAGAUUGCACAUAUUUAAUACGUGACUAACUAUUAUUAAAAUUGUAAACCUUUAUUGGUAUGUAAAUGCAUUUUAAUACAGAGCCUUUAAAAUCUUUAAACUUGUGAAGUUGCAAAAAAAAAAAAUAUAUAUGAAUAGCGAUAUAUGCGAACAACAGAGAGUAAGACUGGAACAGUCAGUGCGAUUUGUAUAACCGAAUACUAUAACUUGAUUAGCAUAUACAGGUCAUCAAAUAUAUCAAGCCUUGCAAUUUUGUAUAGAUUCCACUAAUUGUGAUCGGUUCAAGGCACCAGUUACUAUGCUUUUUAAACUGUUUACAAAUGACAAUUUUGUCAUUUUAAAUUUGUUAAAAUAUUUUUUUGUUAUAUUGUACACAUCGUGCCCUCCCAGAGAGAAAGCUGAAAGAAACACUGAUGCCAAUAAUAACUAUAUUUUUAAAGCAUGAGGCCAUCAUUCAAUUUUUAAUUAAAACCAUUCCCUACUUUAAAAGUAAUGCUUUAUUUAAAAAAUAUAACUUGAAAACAUGAAAAGAUUGCUCACGUUUGAUACUUAGUGAGAGCUCUAAUAAAAUUAUAGACCUUAAAAUUGAAGCAAAUGUAGUUUAAUACAGUGUUAUUAAGGUCUUUAAACUUGUGAGUUUGUAAAAAAAUAAUUAAAUAACAAAUACAGAUAAAUGCGAAUGGGAAAUAAUACCUCGGCUCAUAAUCGGCGAAUUUUCGAAACAGUGAGAUAUUUAUAUUCGAAUAACGUAAGCUUCUUAGAAGAUUGCCCUUAAAUAUACUGAUCAUCAAAUAUAUCGAGCUUAGGGAUAUUUCAUAGAUUCCACUAAUUGUAAUCAGUUAAUUAAUGACACCAGCUUUUUAAAAUUUAAAAAAAAAUUAAAAUUGGUAGUUUUUUAUAAAAUAUAUUUUGUUUCAUUGAUGUAGGUAUUUUUGCUCCGGGGGGCACUUGACUUUCCCCCGGGGGGCCCGAAGAUAUAGCUGAAAGAAACCCUGCUUAGCCUACUAGACCUAGGCUAAGUUAAGACUUCUAAUAAGUGACUAUGACUGUUAAUGGUCAGUAUGAAUGUACCAGCAUUAACUUCAUAAUUAUGGUGGCCGGGCAUCCCGGUUGACUCGGGAAGUCCCUAAUUUUUCACCAUCUGUGCCAGCGUCCCCAAAAGCUCAGGAAAUGUUCCGGCCUGUGGCCAUGGCAUUUUCUGACAAACUGUGUACUUUUCCCUAGACCCAUUUUGAUUCCUAGUCAUACUUUCAGCCCAUCAUGAUGUCAAACGGUUAGUGGAUCUUCUUCCGAGUCUGAUGCCUACUGGUAGCUUUUUUUUUUUUUUUUGCAUUAUGAAAAUGUAUGGAAGGCAGGGAGUAAGGUGGAAGUGGACAGAUCAUUGGAUGAAAUGGGCUGCAUGGUAACAAUUCAUUGGAUGAUGUUUCAUCCAGAUUCUGACAUUCUUACGAGUAGUACAUGUUUUGUCCUAGAACAUUAUAUAAUCCAUUAGACCCACUAUAUGCCCAUAGACAUAGGCUACGCUAUAUAUAUUCUGAUAAGGGCUGAUUCACAUGUCAAUGCGGCAAUCGAGGUGAGCCAUUUUCACGUAAACUUCAAUUCCUGAUUGGAACAUUUGGUUUUGGUACUUCCAUAACAUACUAUAUCAUGUCUACUAAUGAAUUAGUUCUUUGGUCUUCAGGAAAGCGUGUCUUGCAAUCGAUAUUCACAAACAGUAUUUAGCUGGGGGGGGGGGGGCGGGCUUUCCCAGGUUACCCCCUGAAUGAAUUAGUUCUUUGGUCUUCAGGAAAGCGUGUCUUGCAAUCGAUAUUCACAAACAGUAUUUAGCUGGGGGGGGGGGAGCGGGCUUUCCCAGGUUACCCCCUGAAACAUAUGGUGUCUUGUGAAGGAAUUAUGAAUUGGAGUGAUUGGGGCCCAUCCCCAGUGGUGGAUUGGCCCAAUGAGACGGGGCCCAUCCCCAGUGGUGGAUUGGCCCAAUGAGGCACUGGGAAAAAUCUUGGUGGGCAAGUGACAUUUGGGACACCUGGUGGGUCGGUUCUGUCAGUGAGAUUUGGGCUGCACGAUUCACCUGUCUGUGAUUUACCCACCUGGGCCUCUUUUGGCAAUGAGAAUAGGGCAAUUUGGGCUGCUUCUGCAUUACAAUGAAGAAUACUUUGUAUUAAAUCUCUCCUUACAGUGUAUGCUCUAUAAUAUAAAGUUAUAUAAAUUUCUAGACUAUCAGAUUGUUUUGUUGGUUGACUAGUCUUUCAUGUAGCCAUUAGCAUUGUGUACAAUAGAUUUCCACGUCAGUUAGUGGGUCUGGUGGGAAUAUAUCAUGGCAUUUGCUAAGAUACUAACCAGGUCAAGUAUUUUAACUGAUUUCUUUCUUUUUUCAAAAUAGGUUGGCUGAAUACAGCAGCGAUUUGACACACUUAUCAAAAUCAGGGGCAUCGUUAUAAAAGAAUUGAAGGAACAAACUUAGUCAUCCCACACUUUAUGUCAUCAUGUAUGACAUCAUAAUCUUAAAGGAAGGCUACACUCACCUAGAACCUCAUGGUAAGUUGGAACCAGGGGAGGGCUGGGCAACUUUGCCAGUUUGAAGCCAGAAAUCAACAUUAACAUGCAUCAUGUUUCUUCAUACUAAACAAAACAUUCGAAAUUUUAAGAACAUUUUUUUUUACUUCAUGUAAAAUAUGGGGGAAAAGUUUUUAAAAGACUGGCUGUUAAUUUGACCACUGCACCACAGGGAAAGGAAACUUUGUUUUAAAGAGUUCAGGAGAUAAUAUGUUCACCAAAAUUUACAUCUUAUGUUACUUAUUUCAUUUUAAAGAAUUCUUUUCAAUAUAUUUCGGACAUAACAAUGAAAAAAAUUAUUAUUAUUGGAGAAUAUAUUAUAUUGUUCUUUUUAAGCCUAGCCUUUGAGUGUGGGGAGACUGGAGAUUCUUAACAAUUUGUAUAAUUUACAGGGACACUGAGGGCAUGUGGAAGCAUUACUCUCCUGAAGGGACCACGUCACAACAUCAUUGUUGAUACGGGAAAUCCGUGGGACAGAGAGACACUGCUACAAGGUCAAGGCUUCUUUUAUUUGGUUAAAUUUUAAAGAUCAACAAAAAUGUUUCUACACAUAAAAUAAAUGUAAUUUGGCAUAACUGAUUUAUGCUUAAAGUACAUUUUUUAUUAAGUUUGGCUCCAAUUAUGAUUUUAUUUAUUUAAAUUUUUUGCUGUAAGAGGACCAUUUAAUCACACAUUGGGGGGGGGGGGGGUUUGUUGUCCUAUUCACUGGCUUGCUAGCAAAACCCCAUCUUAUAGAUUAGUUAGACGGUUGAAGUUAUAUAAGUUAUUUGAAUCAAAUAACCAGCUCUGGAAAGACAUGGCCUGAGUCCUGACAAGAUAAACUAUGUCAUUUGCACCAGUGGCAAAAUGGCCAAGACUGGCAACCUCAACCUCUUCACGUCUGCCACUCAGCUUGUGUCUGGUGAUGUAUGCAAGGGAGAGAUCUAUCAACUUCAUAAAUUCCGUGAGGUAGAAGGAAGGGCUGCUACUCACUCACCAAAUUGUUUUUUAUUUGAAGCAUUCAAAGUCCACUUACUAAAACAUUUUUAGAGAAGCUUUAUCUAAUGGAGUAUGGUGCUCAGAGAAUCUACCUUUUUGUCCAAUAACACUUCACUAAUUAGUUAAAAUUACAUUCUGUUGUCUCUAUACUUUUUUAAUAAAAAUCUUGUUCAGGAUAAUUCAGAAAUCAUUUGAGUUUGUGCUUCUCAAAUUCAGUACCUAGGAAAUUUUGUAAAUUUUUGGGUCUCAGAAGAACCCAAGUUUUAAUUAUAGUUCUAUCUUUCUUAUGAAUAUUUGGGAAGCAAUAUUCUCAAUUCAUUACUAAUUAAAAGCUUUUUGUCAUUGUUAUUAUGUGUAUGUUUGAGCAUAAUCCUUUCAGCAGUUCAACUCUGUGACAUAUGCUACUCAUCUUCAGCCUAAAUGGCAUUUAUCAGGCUUUAUACACACUAAUUCUCUUACCAUUUACGCUGCCUAUUUCAUGACUAACUUGUUGCUUGUGCAUGGGUGUGUCUGCAGGUUUGGGUGCCCAGGGACUGAAACCAGAAGACAUCCAUUAUGUUGUGUGUUCGCACGGCCACUCAGAUCACAUUGGCAACCUCAACCUGUUCCCUGCGGCUGUGCAUUGUGUAGGCUUUGAUAUUUGUCGUCAAGAUGAGUACCUCCUGCAUGAGUUCAAACAGGUACAGGCCAUUGGGAUUGUGCCUUGCUGAUGGUUAAAAGAAAGAAAAAACAAAAGUUAACAAGUUAACAUCUACCAAUAUUUAAGCCAUUAAAAUAUAAAUUUCAAUUUGCAUAAAUUUCGAAGCUUGGUGCAAUCAGCCUUUGAUGAAAAGAAAUGACUUACAUGUACUGAAUAAGUUAAUUUUUAGAAAUUCUGUUUCUUCUUUCCACGUUCAGUGAUAUUUGACUACAAAAUUCACGAUGUUGAAGACAACACUAUAAAAUGUUACUAUCAUAGAAUAAUAUCGCAAUGCUAAUUCAGAUUGUUUUUGUGUGUGCCUCAACCAACUGCUGAUGUUUGCAUUAUUAAGCAUGAGUUUUGCAUAUCGCUCAGAGUUAAAACAUUUUUUUUCCUCUAUAGUUGUUGUCAGGCAGCACUUUUAGCACUAGACUAACAAUAGUCCAGGCAGCACUUUUAGCACUAGACUAACAAUAGUCCAGGCAGCACUUUUAGCACUAGACUAACAAUAGUCCAGGCAGCACUUUUAGCACUAGACUAACAAUAGUCUUGGAAACUUGAAGAAAUACUUUUUUUUUUUUUGGUCCUCACUAUGAGCUCGGCUGUGUUGUCUGUAACUUUGGAUUGCUGUCAUCACAGACUCAUUAUAAAAUAAGAAAUGAGGUCAUAGCAUGAUAAUAGUAAACAUUUAUUUAAGCUUCAUUUGAUAUUGGAAGAGAAUAAUUUGUUGUCCUGAAAAAAAAAAUCAAAGUCCGUACCGGUAUUCAAAUGAUUUAAAUCCAUUGUGCCGGUAUGUCUUUUGACAGAUUUUGGGUACUUGAAGUUGAUAAACAACUGUCCCAGCCGCUAACAAAGAGCAUCUUGUAAAGAAGAUAAACCAUAGUAAUUAGAAAUUAACUACAGAGUACAUCAGAUUGAUGAUGACUAGUUUCAACUUUUUAUCUUGCCGCACAUUCAAAUGACUUACUAAUUACCCUGAGGCACAGCGUUCGAGUAUUUAAUAACAAAUAUCAGCUGUUACAGUGAGGAACGACAUCAAAAUAAAUUACUAUGAUACUAGCUGUAUGUAAAUCUUAGGCAUUUCUUUCUAUCAUAGGGAAUACCCUAUGAAAUAGAUGAAGAUGUUGAAAUCUGGCCAACCCCAGGGCACACGGGAAGUGAUGUUUCGGUGUUGGUCAAAAGGACUAAUCUCGGGACAGUUGCUGUAGCAGGUAUGUAGCAUAUGUAAUGUAACCCAUGAACUGAUCACAGUAAGCACAUUUUUAAUUUAAAUAUAUAAAAAUUCCUUGACCCAACCAACAUAAUUGUGACUGGUUUGUGAAUCCCCCAACAUAUCACUGGUUAGUGUCACAUACGAUGGUUGGUUAGUGUCACAUACGAUGGUUGGUUAGUGUCACAUACGAUGGUUGGUUAGUGUCACAUACGAUGGUUGGUUAGUGUCACAUACGAUGGUUGGUUAGUGUCACAUACGAUGGUUGGUUGCAACAUGUCAGAUGUGUUUAUAUGGUCUUUAGGUGAGUGGGUCUACACCAAUGUAUUCCUAUCAUUCUAUUUAGGUGAUCUGUUUGAGUGUGAGGCUGACUUGGACUGCCCAGGCUUAUGGCAGGAAAACAGCGAACGACCCCACUUACAACAGCAGAGUAGGAUUGCAGUACUUGAUGUGGCCGAUUAUAUAAUUCCUGGUCAUGGCCCAAUGUUUCAGGUCUGUGGGAAUAAUGUGUGUGCAAAUGUAGGUCAGUUUGGAUAGGGAUAUGCAAAUGUAGUUCAGUUUGGAUAGGGAUAUUCAAAUGUAGGUCAGUUUGGAUAGGGAUAUGCUAAUGCAGGUCUGUGGCACUGGGGGUAUACCACCCUAGGUCAGUUGGAUUGGGCUAGACCAAACAAGUUAGUGGGAUCGGGAUAUAACCAACAUCUCAUGGCGGGUAUUGUAGAUCAUUGUUUAUAGGUGAUCGAUUGCUCGACACUAUUUAUUUAAUUCCCAUGUAACAGAGAUAAAGCUGAAUGCUCGACAGUGUUAUAAAGAAAUUUAUCAGUAGGUUCGGGGUAUCUUGGAAUAGAUUUAAUAACAUGAUUUGCUCUUGCAGGUACCUCCUGAAUACAAGAAACAGAUGCGCGUGAUCAUGAUCAUGGAAGAACAUUACAGCUCAUCAGAUAUGACAACCAGGACAGAAUGUAUUAUUGUAGAAACUGAUUAAGAGAAAAAACAAACACAUAAAACAUAUAUUUCAUAAAACAUGUAUUAUUACACAACCUCAUUUGGCUUGUACUAACCUGUGGAGUCACUUCUAUAGAAGUUUUGUUGUUGGUAAUCUGAGUUGUUUGUGGCCUAUUCUGCUUCCAUUGUUGUGUUCAUGUAACGUUACAUUGUGCCACUGCUAGGGAAUCUAAGGCUUUCUUGGAGCAGGUCUUGGAGGUUGUUUUUUUUUUAUGGGAUUUUUUUUCACAUUCAAAUUGUUUUUGCAGUGAAAAAUUAGUUCGCUUAGUCAAAGAUAUAUGAUUCCGAUUAUCCUUCAGUAAUGUUCAGGAGGAAUACUAAUUAAAGAUAAUUGUGUUUUGCAUCAAGUCUUUUUGGCUUGAUUAAGUUAGAUAAAAAAAACAAGAAACAAUAAUAUAAUUAUAAAUUAAAUUUACAUAAUAUAUGUGCAUCCUACCUAAACAUAAAAAUAAAAGAAUAAGAAUGGGCACGAUUCCCUAAUGAAAACUAAUAACAGAAGAAUGCAAAGAACGUGGAUGGAAGCACAAUUUGGUUUAAUUUAUACUGUAUGAGGUCACUUUUCAAGCCUUUUUAUAUUUUUCCAUAUAAAUUGUAUCAGUUGCCUUGCAUAAAAUAUACCAACAACUGGUAUUCUAUAUUCUAUUAGGGUUAGUUCUGUUGAAAUGUUUAGAAACUGGACUAAGGCAUUGAUGCAUAUUAUCCAUUGUGACAAAGUGUUCAGUAUGACCCCCACAUUUAGUGGUAACUUACCUCACUUGUGGAACUCAUGGCCUUGUUUCAGUACCAUUGACAUUACUUUAUGUGGUGCUUACGUGGCUCUAUCAGUUUUAAUUGGCAAUCAGGUUUCAAAGGUGUAUGGUUUUUUUCUGUUAUUGUGAUGGAAUGUUUGUAUUAUUAACUGCUGAUAAAGUUGAUAAAAUAUUUUUAAAAUUUUUAUUUUGUGUGCAUCUCGGACAGCAAUAUAGUUAAAAAUAUUUCUAAAAGUUAUAAUUACUGUAGUUAAAGGUAAAAUUGAUCAUGUUGUCAAUAAAACUUUCUUUAAUACGAAAAAAAUUAACAAAACAUGACAUUAAAAUUAAAUAUUCCACAUUAAAAGUCAGCAAAUAAUAAAAUCUGUUGAUAAUGUAAAAAAAUUGUCUAUAAAGAAAAUUCACAAUGAAACAUUCUUAGACAUUUAAAAAAAAAAAAUAUUUGUGAAAGAAUGUUUAAAAAGUAAAAUGAAUGUGUGAAAAAAAUCAUAUAUAUUGUUGUUAUCAUUAAAAUAAAUUUUGCUUAAUCCAUAUAAAUUUUGCUUAAUCCAUACGUUUAUAAACUGAUACGAACACACUGACAUGAGUUCUCUUUAGCUUUUCUAAUUGGUAUCAACUUAAGUUUAACCAAUCCUGACAUGUUUAUACUAUUUCCAAUUGAUGCUAAUAAUAUUUAUUGAUGAGAACACUCUACUAGUAAAGAAUUCAUACAUUUUUUUAAAUACAAAGUGGAAUUUGAUCAAUUAAUUAUUUUAGGGAAGUAAAACUUUUUAAACUGACAUUCUGCUUGGAUAAUUACUGCUACAGUCUAUUUAUUAGAUUAUAUUUAGUUGGGGUUUGGGGUUUUUUUAUAGUGAGGAGAAAAAAUAUUUGAAAUAUUCAGAGGUCUUGAUCAUUUUGUGCCACCUGCAUGUGUAGCUGUUGAUCGAUGUUGAUCUCAUGACAUGUGACUUAUGUUUGUUGAGUUGUGUCAUCACACCUGCAUGUGUAGCUGUUGAUCGAUGUUGAUCUCAUGACAUGUGACUUAUGUUUGUUGAGUUGUGUCAUCACACCUGCAUGUGUAGCUGUUGAUCGAUGUUGAUCUCAUGACAUGUGACUUAUGUUUGUUGAGUUGUGUCAUCACACCUGCAUGUGUAGCUGUUGAUCGAUGUUGAUCUCAUGACAUGUGACUUAUGUUUGUUGAGUUGUGUCAUCACACCUGCAUGUGUAGCUGUUGAUCGAUGUUGAUCUCAUGACAUGUGACUUAUGUUUGUUGAGUUGUGUCAUCACACCUGCAUGUGUAGCUGUUGAUAGAUGUUGAUCUCAUGACAUGUGACUUAUGUUUGUUGAGUUGUGUCAUCACACCUGCAUGUGUAGCUGUUGAUAGAUGUUGAUCUCAUGACAUGUGACUCAUCACACCUGCAUGUGUAGCUGUUGAUAGAUGUUGAUCUCAUGACAUGUGACUUAUGUUUGUUGAGUUGUGUCAUCACACCUGCAUGUGUAGCUGUUGAUAGAUGUUGAUCUCAUGACAUGUGACUUAUGUUUGUUGAGUUGUGUCAUCACACCUGCAUGUGUAGCUGUUGAUAGAUGUUGAUCUCAUGACAUGUGACUUAUGUUUGUUGAGUUGUGUCAUCACACCUGCAUGUGUAGCUGUUGAUAGAUGUUGAUCUCAUGACAUGUGACUUAUGUUUGUUGAGUUGUGUCAUCACACCUGCAUGUGUAGCUGUUGAUAGAUGUUGAUCUCAUGACAUGUGACUUAUGUUUGUUGAGUUGUGUCAUCACACCUGCAUGUGUAGCUGUUGAUAGAUGUUGAUCUCAUGACAUGUAACUUAUGUUUGUUGAGUCAUGACUAUCCUUCACCAUACAAAGCCCACACUAAGUCUUCAGGCAGGGGUUCUCUACCAUUAGGGACAGCAUUGAGUAUCUUGGGAGCGUGUUCCCGGGAAAACUCAGUAGUUUGAGCAUAAUUUUAGAGAUAAAUUGAAUACAAUGGGAUUGUCAGUGGAACUAUGAGCUAUGAUAAAGUUAAGAACCCUUGUCUAAUGGACUUUUUAUAACAACAGCCUUGUUUUUUUCUUUUUUUAUAAACUCUUAAAAACUGUAUUCCCAUCAGCUCCAGGUGUCCAACCAGACGACGCUUCAACAUCUCAACCCACCCCGACAUCUCAACCCAAACCGCAUGUCUCAAUAUCCCCAUGAAUGUGUCCUCACUGACCAAUGUCGAGUGACAGGAUUUUCUAAUCUAAAAUUGAGUUUGUACUCACCUGUCUGAACGCAAAGAGAAAAAAAACCUUGCACACAAAUCAAUAUUGUUUACUUAUUGAGUGUGAACAGUCUGCGUCAAGAGAUCCUCAACUUUUCUCAAAGACUGUCAACUAGUAGCUGUAAGAUUAUCUAGCCUGAUUGAUUUGAGACUAUCUAGUUUCUGAGAUGACCUUUAAUUGUUUUUCAUAAAUAAGUUUGAAUUAUUAUUUUUUUUUAAUAUUGUAAUUGCACAUUUGGAUUAGAGAUUGUUACAGAAAGGCAAUGUACAUUAGGCAGUUACUGGCAGUAGUAACAGCAAGUGGUACAGACUCCCAUUGUUACAGAAAGGAUAUGUACAUUAGCAGUAGUGACAGCAAGUGGUGCAGACUCGCAUUGUUACAGGAAGGCAAUGUACAUUAGGCAGUAGAAACUGCAAGUGGUACAGACCAGGAAGGCAAUGUACAUUAGCAGUAGUGACAGCAAGUGGUGCAGAGGAAAUCAUCAGUUUUUGAUAAAGAAAAUGUAGUCAGAAAUUGGCAAGUAUCUCAAAUAAUUUGGAUAAUGGUUGAAAUCCAAGUCUUUAAAUCUCUGAUUUACAACUAGGGAUAUGUAAGAUGUUAAUAAAAUACUUUAUCUGGAUAAUCAGAUGGUAUUGUGAAUAAAUUGUUUCAUUCAUUCAUCUAAAAGGAUUGAAAGAAGUUUGUUAGUUGAAUUUAUGCUUGUUCAGGAGACCAUUUAUUGGUCAACAGUGUACCAGUAUUAAAAAAUAGUUCAGUUUUGUAAAACAUCAGUACCUCUAUAUUUUUAUCUAGAUUGCUAUGAGUCAAAGUCUAUCCACACAAUUUCCACCAUUUUGUGAUUGUAGAUUUCAUAAAUUAUUUCAUUAAUAAUACACUCUUCUAGCUCGUUUCCUUGUUGUAAGUUAACUAUAUAAUUCAUUACUAGCAAUACUACGGUAAUGCAUGAGUGGUGUCCUCUGAUAAGUCAGUGUUUGUCAAAUAGUGUGCACUUUGCUUCAAUAAAACUUCAAGUUAAAGCUUUUUGACAACUAACUUACAUAAAACAUGGUCAUUAUUGUGGAAGAGAAAUGGUUAAAAACAAAUUUGAUACAUUUAAUAUUACCCAAAUUAUUAUAUAUUUUUUCAUAGACGGAGGAGAUGCCAUAAGCAAGAUUCAAUUUGUGAUCCUGUAAUUCUUUGUAAAAUUUGCUUUAGAAUUGUGACUUGUUUACUGUUACUAUAGCAAUAUAAACAUUCAUGUUGACCCGGAAAUCUAUUU